CCGGCCGUGCGACACGUAAUGACAAGCUGAUGGCCUCGUUCGUCUGGUUGCUGGCGGUUUGCUGCCUUCGAGCCGUCGCCGCUGGCAAUCCUGACGCGAAACGCCUAUACGACGAUUUGUUGUCGAACUACAACAAAUUAGUGAGGCCUGUAGUCAACACAACGGAUGUGCUUCGAGUCUGCAUUAAGCUUAAAUUGAGCCAGCUUAUCGAUGUCAAUCUGAAGAACCAGAUUAUGACAACAAACCUAUGGGUAGAGCAGUCUUGGUAUGACUACAAACUACGGUGGGAACCCCGGGAGUAUGGCGGAGUCCACAUGCUGCAUGUACCUUCAGAUCACAUCUGGAGACCAGACAUCGUCCUAUAUAACAAUGCCGACGGCAACUUCGAGGUAACGCUGGCAACGAAGGCGACCAUCUACCACAUGGGGCUAGUGGAAUGGAAGCCACCAGCCAUUUACAAGUCUUCCUGCGAAAUCGACGUCGAAUAUUUUCCGUUCGACGAGCAAACGUGCGUCCUAAAGUUCGGUAGCUGGACGUACGACGGAUUCAAGGUGGAUCUUCGGCACAUGGAUGAGCAAACGGGGAGCAAUAUCGUCUCUGUGGGGGUCGAUCUGUCAGAAUUCUACAUGUCAGUUGAAUGGGAUAUUCUUGAAGUGCCUGCUGUAAGGAACGAAAAGUUCUACACCUGCUGUGACGAGCCCUACCUGGACAUCACCUUCAACAUCACCAUGAGGCGAAAGACUCUCUUCUACACUGUGAACAUCAUCAUACCAUGCAUGGGCAUUUCAUUUUUAACCGUGCUCACAUUUUACCUACCUUCAGAUAGUGGAGAAAAGGUAACGUUAUCAAUAUCGAUACUCAUCAGUCUCCACGUGUUCUUCCUUUUGGUUGUGGAGAUCAUACCUCCCACCUCCCUGGUGGUACCUCUUUUGGGAAAAUACCUCAUCUUCGCUAUGAUCCUGGUAUCAAUUAGUAUAUGCGUAACUGUGGUUGUGCUGAAUGUCCACUUCCGGUCGCCACAAACUCACCGAAUGGCGCCGUGGGUAAAACGAGUGUUCAUACACAUCCUUCCAAGACUGCUCUUCAUGAAGCGACCUCAGUACAAGUUCGAUACUACCAGAUCUCGAUUUACAACAUGCGGUGUUGUAGUCCGUUGUGGUGGUACAGCAAAACCUCUUUAUCCGUACCGACUCGCGGCGGCCGACGACGACUGCUGUGCUCCGGGGGCAUGGCCCCCACCUGCCACGCCCCUCAGACCCCUCACGAGGACCCCGAGUAAAGAGGACCUCACUCAUACUACGUAUGUUCAGUCUGGGGUAAGUGACAGCAAUCGUUUCGGUGGAAGCUGUGUGGUCCACGGAUCCACGGAGGGCGGAGUGCUAGGGGCUCCUGAAGAGGAGGCUCUAAGCCCAGUACCGGAUCCCCCACCGGGCUUCAGUCACUCCUCCUGCCCGCCGGAAGUGCAUAAGACAUGCUUUUGUGUGCGCUUUAUCGCCGAACACACGAGGAUGCUUGAAGAUUCUACUAAGGUAAAAGAAGAUUGGAAAUAUGUCGCGAUGGUGCUGGACAGAUUAUUCUUAUGGAUAUUCACACUGGCGGUUCUUGUUGGAACUGCGGGGAUCAUUUUGCAAGCCCCGACGCUUUACGACGACAGAGUACCAAUAGACAAGACUUUUAACCAAAUCGCCACUUCCACUCUUGUGAGGUGUCCACCGCCAUCGUAAAUGUGAAAUGUGAUGCAGGAAUACGCCAUGGAUUUAAUUUUAUAAAUACAAUUUCAUAAGUUUUAUAGACAAUUCUAAUCUAGUAUUGUCGUUUAUUGACAUAACUUUUAGACAUAGAAAAACACUUUUGUAACGGAUUUGAAGUUAUGUUUUAGUAUAAAUUUACAAUUAUUUUACAUAAAUUUAACCGAUGUUUCGCGUGCUUUACAGUGUGCGUGUUCACGGUGACUGAAUACAAAAGGUGUUGAAUGUCAAAAAGCUUCACAGCUGUAGAAAAAGUUGUGUUAUCUGUAUUUAUUUUCCCGGAGUUGGUAUCGAUUAAAAGAUGGAGGGUUUUGGCAGAAAUGGCUCACGGUAACUUCAAAUCCGUUAAAAAAGUGUUUUUCAAUUCUAAUCUGUUAGUGAUACAUUUUGUACUCGUUAAGCAAAAAAUACACCGAAUUAAAAAAUGUUUGUCUUACGCCGGAAAUUAUUGAUUUAUAAAUGUGUUAAAUGAGACAAAUUUAAGUAUAAAAAUCCAAUGUCCAAUUGACUAUGAAAGUGAGUUGUCGUAGUCUUGCCAAAGCAAGAAACUCUUUUUCAUUUCAGAAGUUUACAUUUCUUUUUAGCCUUAGAUUUAGUUUAGGGAAUUAAUAGGUUGUGGAACAAAUAGAAUUUGUCUGUCGCAUAUUAUGUCCUGAAUAUCUUUUAUUUCUUCUGGCUUCUGUGGCGUAGUCUUGUAGGAGAUCGGAAUAAAACCAAAAACCAUGACCGCACCGUCCCUCGUGUCCUAUUCCACGACAUUCUAACUCUAUCGUACUCUGAUUGUCUUGCAAUUUAAAUAGUCUAAAAAUUAUGAUUAACUUUAAAUAUGGAUUUAUUAUGGAAAUUAAUGUAGGAAUUUUUAUAGCACUUAUUUUGAGAAUUUAAUUUAAUAAAACAUCAUUUAGCUAAGCUGACUUCAAAAUGCACACAAUAUGUGACCAUCUGAUCUUGAAAAUUCUUGGAAAGUUCAGAAAAAAAAAACAUUUGGUCCAGACGUACGUAAUAUUAAGACGCAAUUAAUUGAUAGCUGUCCAUGAACUUACUGUAAGAAGUUGCUAGAACGUUGCCAGAAAAGAUAUUCCUACUAAAAAUCUUCCUUUUUGAAGUUGGCUAGCAUCAGAAUAUUUUUUUUUAUUAAUUAUCAAAACUCUUGAGAUAUAAAUGUAGUUGUUUCUUCCAUUUGUACUAUUACCUAAGUAGUUUUUUCUCCUUAAUAUACAUAAAAUAUAAUAUUACCUCAUAAGCAAUAAAUAAACAGCUGCCCUUAUACAAAUAUUCCUAAUUAUAAUAUAUUAUUAAUAGCCGUACAGUCCUCUAUUUAAAACUCAGUUUACCUAUUAUUAUACAUCUAGAGAAUGAAGCCACAAUUCAUUCAAAUCAAAUACGUUUAUGUCUUACGAAAGUUAAUAGUUGUUACUACGUUUCGACUCUCUCGUCUCUUUUAGCCCCAACGAUUUAUGAAAGCACACGGCAUCUUUUUAAUUUGUUAUCUAUGGUAAACUUAUUUUAAUUCAAACUCACUUAUUCAUUUAGGUAACACAAUGAAUACAUAUUAAAUGCUUCUAAUUUUACAUUUACUCAAAUCAAGGGCGUAGAACGGACGAGAAAGGCAAUAAACUCUUCGCCACUCUUUUUAAUCGCAAAGAUUUUGUUUUACAAAAUCAGAAAUCAAAAGUAUACUGGAUUGAGUACGGCUGUUAGUUACUCUAAUUUUAAGUAACGAGUGAAUACCCGUAUGUUUUAUACUUUUCAGUAGAAUUUAAGUAGCCAAUGCAACUUUUUAUAAUGUUAUCCCAGAGUUUAUGGAUUUUUAAACGGUCUGUUUCUCUUUAAGGAGUCAAAUGCUGUCAAGUACUAAAGCCACAAAUAAUAGCUAUUGUAACUUAGUUUUAAAUUGUGAGUUUGGAUUGUAGGUCUAAGGAAUGUAGGCUGGUUUGUGUAAAGCAUUCUAAACACGUUUAAAAUUUAUAACUUUGUUUCAACACAGGUAAUUAAAAAAUAGAAUAAAUUUCACCUGUCAAGAAUCUGUGUUGGAAUGGUAUAGUCCAUAGGUAUAAUAGUCUAAAAAAAUUGUUAAUUUUAAAAUUCGAACGAAAAUUAUUAAACGAACGCUUAAAGAGAAAACGGACCGUUGAACGUAGUGAACAUCUUAAUACACUUUUAAACAACUAUGUAUACCUAUGCUCUCUAGUUUAAGUAUAAUAGAUAUUUCUCAGUAGUUCUCUUCGAUAUUUCUCUACUUUGUCGUAGAAUAGAACAUGUACAAAUCGAUUUUAUUACAUAUAGUUCAAUGGCCACAGUCACUCUUACAUUCAGCUUGACGGUACACUCCAAAUAAUUACGUCAAAUCACCAAAAGGGAUUUAUUGACAAUAAAGUUUUAUUUUAAUUUUGGAAUAACACUGCUUGGUUGAGGAUUUUUAAUCUAAAUGACCAAUUCUAUUGUUUGACUAGUAGGCACCAAUUUCUCCUUAUCCAAAGCAUAGCUAGAGGCCUUAGAGCCUAGUUAAAUCUAAUAGCCAUCACCACGUAUUUGGACCAGAACAGAGGCACGCAAAAGCAUUGUUCAAUAUGUACAGUAAAGAAAUUUUAUAAAAUUAAAUUCGUUCGAACUGUCAAAAAUUAAUAAAUAGUAUAUACGUAAACGUAUGUAAAGAGUGCAAACGCCUACCUAUUUUACAGAUUUUUACUGUACUUAAACCGUAAAAACACACAUAACAUUUAAACCUAAACCUACCGCAUGGGGGCCAGUGCUUUCGCGGGGUCGGACAACACUCGCUAGUACCAUACGAACAAAGAAAAUAUCCUGAGGAAAGCGGCAUGUCUUAGAUCCAAAAACGUACUGCUGUACCAAAGGUACUUGGUUAUUAAUAAAAUAAUUAUCACAAAACAAAUUAAAAAAUCUGAACCCUAGACGAAAAGGUUGUAACACUGGCACGAUUUCAUAAUGACGAUGUAAAUUAAAGUCCCGUUUGUUAUCAUCUACAUACAACGGCUAAUAUCGUGUUAACAUUCCCUUUUAUUGUUUGAGCGAGUCGCUGAAUGUAAAGUAAAUUUCCAUGCUUAUGAUAAUAAGUACAAUAUAUCUAAAUAAGAUUGCUCAAUUUUGACAAAAACUUAGCAAAUUUAACUGCUGUUGCACUAUCUAAUUUAAGAAAUUGUGAAAGAAUCUCUCAUUUGAAUUCUUCACGUAAAACACUACUUAUCCAGAGCUUGACAUAUUCGGUAGUGGGAUGAUCAAUUUAAAAUAAAAGCAUUGUGGCUAUCUGAUACCUAAUCCUCUGUUUUACUAGUAAUUUCUCGCUUAAUAAUAGACAAAAAUUUACUAGUAAAACCUGAAACUGGACGCGUAAUUUUUUUAUAAAUUUUAAUUUUCUGUAACAUUUACAUUAAUCAUUAUUGUCAUAUAAUAGAAAAGAUAGCUUGUAAGGGUGCGUCCACAUCUGGCGAAUAUGCUGCGAAUGUGCAGCUCGCGAGCCGUUUGCGAACUGCGCGCGUGCAUUUUUGUUCGUGCGCCAUUCGCCAGAUGUGGACGCACCCUAACAUACUGUAGAUAUAGUAGCAUAUAUGAUGUGGUGAAGUUUAAUAAAUAAAUAAAAUGAAGAAUUUAAGCCAAGUUUCAGGAGGUUGAGUAGAUUUCAUUGUUAGAUUGUGCAAUCAGACAGUUAAAGAAACAUAAUGAAUGCAAUUUAUUUAAAGUUGAAGUGUUCUUGCUAGUUAUAACCUGCUCAAUUAAACCAUAUUAUUUGAAACCGAGCUUACAUUAUUUUAACGUGCCAAAUUAGCAAGGGCAUUUCGUUAAUUGUAAAUACAUUGUAUAAAUUUUACAAAAUUUAAGUUAAAACGCAAUUAAACGAGAACGUAAUUAUUAUGUACAAAGGAAUAAAACUAUCGAAUAACAACGCAAAAUCUUUUUAUUUAUGUAAAAUAUUUAAAGCACUUAGUGAACUAGAACGGAUAGAUUAUACAAUAAAUAGUUAGGUAAUUUUACUGGUGCAUAGCUUAGUGUCCUGUGGGUGCUUGAAUAUAAAUGAAAGCAAAAUUUAAUUUCCGUUAAUUUUUUUGUGACACACCGAAUUCUGAAUAAAAACGAUUGCUUACUGAUCAAUCAACCAAACUUUCGUUCAGUAAUCGGUUUGGAUGUCAUAAUAUUACAUUAAAAAGUUUGAUAUCUUUUGUAUAUAUAUAUAUAAAGUUUAAAAUUAAUUCUAAAUUUGUUCGUUGUAUCACUUUACUUUUGUAUAAAAGGAUUCAAAUAACGCACACAUAGAAUACUUUAAUAUACAGUAGGAUAAAUGCAUAAUUUGAUCAUUUCAAUGUUGAAUUUGGAAUAUUGAAUAGAUAUCUAAAUGCCUUUAUGAUUAGCAGUCGUAUUCAUAGUCGUCCAUUAUCUCUAAUGGUAAAUUAAUAAUUAUAUCUAUCAAGAACUGUGGAGUUUAGCUACGAAAACUCCGAAUAACUGAUUCACAGAUGAUUUGUACCUUGUUAUUAGGAAUUGAAUUACCAUUACACACUGAAUGAACGUCUCUGUCUACGGUAGUUAGUCCUAAAUAAUUUUAUAAAAAAAUGGUUAUUGUUUUAAUGUAAAGUGAUACAUCAUUUAUUUUACAAGCAUCUAGGAAUAUUAUUAUCGAUGCACGUCGGACUGCCAGUGGUAGUGUAGUUCAUUGUAGACAAUUUGUAAUGUACCCAAUUUAUAUUGUUAAUAAAAACGUUAUUAUAUAGAAA